AUGGAAGAAGCCCUUGCGUCCCAUACGCUACCAUCUGCCUUUGAGUUACUCCACAAUUUCUGCCAGCUUCCCAGACGAGCGAAAUCGACAUGGAAGUCUCUCUUCCAAUACAUUUCCACUUUGGACCCACUCCUCCAACAACGAAUCAUCGCUGCGGCUAAAGUGACACCCGGCAAGAAGAGGAAGCAGACAACUCAGUCUGCGGAACAGUUGGGCGCACCUCCUCAGAAACGAGCCAAACCGAACGACGCGGGACCUCCCGAAGUGAAGGCAGAGUUAUCGGAAGACUUCCUUCGAGUCCCUUCCGACGCCGUGAUACGAGAAUGUUUAUCGACCGCACUGGCAACUUUGCACUUGCCAAAAAAACCUGCAUCGUCUGCUCGCGAAGGCAUGUUUGCGACGGGUUUCGUACAAUUACCUAUGGCGCGAAUCCCAAAUAAGCAUCUACUCCAACCAACGCAUCCCCAUCCUGCCCAUCGUUUAAUUGAAGGCGCGCUCUUCGACAACACGGCUUCAAGAGACAGUAUGAAUGAUAUCUGCGAAAGCUGCCUCCAUUCCCUUAACAGAAGCGAACGACCUAAACUCUCGCUUUCAAACAAUCUGUGGCUGGGGGACGUCCCGUUCCAGCUACAGAUACUCACAUUGCCGGAGCAACUCUUGGUCGCCCUCUACUUCCCAACUGCGUACAUAACGAAGAUCUUUCCAAAGAACGUGACCCCCGUUGCGAGCAACGACGCCCAACUCUUUUCUAACGAGAAGCUGCGAGGGAAUGUGUCCACUUUUCGACUACCGACUUCGGAAAUCGCCGACAUGGUUGCUGGUCUUCUAGUUCCCAAACCUUCUAUCCUGUUAGCUGCGUUGAUUGGGGUGACUUUCGUGGGGCUGUUUAGAGUUCGACGAAAACGGGUGCAUGACGCUCUCAUGUGGCUAAAACAAAAUAACCGGCUGUACGAAGACGUCGUUAUCUCUCAAGAGAGACUGCUUUCGUUGCCAGAGGACGCUGUGCCUGAUGAGAUUCUGGAUAACGUCCGGUUUUCUGACGACAUCGCCGCAGUAGGUCGCGAGCAUGCGGGACAUGUCCCACAAGAAGACGUGGAUAUUGACUUGCUGCUCGGGGAUGAGAUGGAGGACAUCAAUGAACCGCAAACCGCGGACAUCCUUGCGCGGGGGGGCGACGAAUUAGCAGCGGAACACUACACAGAUUCCGAAGAGGAACGUAUGCACGCGCUCAAUGAAGCUCUGGAAUUGGAAGACCCUCUGGAUCACGACGAGUCUGAGGAUGAGCAAAGCCGCGGCGAGCAAUCCGGAAUAUCCGAUCGAGCUCAAAGCGACACAAGCACGGAGUGUCCGCCCAUGCGACAAAUUUUCGCCCAUGCUGUUGAAAACAUGUUCCCUGCAGAGACCGCACAAGAUUACGGGAUACGGAAGGGUAGCGCAUUCGUCAAUGAAUACGGUAGGAGGGAUGAGAACCACGAACGGUUUGACGGAGGUCCAUCCAACCCUAAUCACCUGUUGGGGGCGUUUCCCAUUCUCUUCCCGUAUGGCUUGGGAGGGUUUGAAGUCGAUCGACCGGUCAAGAUCUCAUAUGAGGAGCAAGUCAAGUGGGCACUCCAGCAUACGUCGGGCCGGUUUCGCCGCCACACUUCAUUCAUCUUCCAAGUGUUUGGGGUCCUCUGGAAGCGCCAAGUUUGUCGCUCCGCGGCUCUACACGUCGAUCACGACAAGUUCUUAUCCGAUUACGGCGAAUUCAUGCGAUUAAGGCCUAAGGACUUGUUGGACGCAAGUGAGGAGGAAAACCAUCAGGUCACCAUCUCUAACCCCGUCCUCCGCCUUCUGCGUCAACACAUCACGACCGUGCGCUCCAAAGUUGUCGGAACUGACGAAAACCGUGUCGGAAUAAGAGCCCAGAUAUGGGGUAUGACACUAAAAUUCAAUCCUCCAACAAUAUGGACCACCAUCAACUUAUCCGACACCAAUGACCCUAUCGCCCAAGUGCUAGCUGGACAAGAAAUCGACUUGGACAACUUCAUAGCUAAGGCCGGACCUAACGCCUCCGAGAGGGCCCGCAUCAUCUCAACUGACCCAUUUGCCGCAGCAGAGUAUUUCCACCUCGUGGUGAAACUGGUGCUGUCUGAGAUGAUCGGUGUGACAGUCGGCGCCAAAGACCCGCGUUUACCCGACUACGCUGAACGACAACAAAGAACUGAAGAGCGCAACGCUGCGGUGCUCCAGUCCCACCAAUGUUCGCUAUACUACUGUCUCAAAAAUAGGAGUGGAAAAUUAAUAUGCAAACGGGGACACCCCUGGCCGACGUACGACGACGACUGGGUGGACAGCGAGGGGAAUUGGGGACCCAAAAGACGAUCUAGCUUUAUUAAUCCUUGGAACCCGCCAAUUUUCUCUGUUACCCGCUCUAACAUGGAUAUCAAGCUCUUGACUAAUUCCUGGGAAACCAAGGACAUCGCCUUCUACAUAACGCUGUAUAUUGCGAAGAAACAAGUCCAGGCUGCUAACGCCUCCGCGAUCCUGUCGACCAGCAAAGCUUUCGCCCGACGACAAGGGGGAAGUGUCCUCAACAAAUACUAUUCAGAAAAUCAACAAAAAAAUGCUUCAACAAUGCGCAAAUACACUUGCUACUUGAUGGGCUGGGGCGAUCGUUACAUCUCCCAUACCUUUGUCAAAAUCUACUGGGACUCGGCGACGGCGGCCCUGCGGAGGGCUUUUCCUCACCUUGUGCAUUCAGCUGGGGGCGACGGUGUGAAGCACUCGGAAGGAGAGCGAGUGAAGCUGCAGAUGGAAGACGGGAAACUCGUCGUCCAAGACCAAUUAAGCCAGUACGCCGAUAGAGGGGACACGUUGCUACACAUGAACCUAUACGAUUUUCUCCUCUUAACCUACCACGAUGGGCAAGUAAAAGCACGCGAAACAGAAGAUAAUGACGCAGUUCCAGCAGUCAGACGACGAGGCAGGCCACCCAGCGAGAGACACCCCUACCUCGAGUCCUCAGAGCGCAGAGGAGCAAGGGUGAUACGCGGGCCAAAGCAAGAGACUGCGCUGCAUAUCGUGGGCAGAUGGUUGCCCAGCCGAGCCGACUCUCAACAAGAAUAUUAUUCAGCACAGCUGCUGCUUCUACUCAAGCCCUGGCGAAAACUAAGUGACUUGCACAACGGCCACGACUGUUUCGUGGACGCGCGCGUGGCCUUCGAAGGCAGCGCUCCAGCCGAAAUUCACCGCCUAAUCACAAAUAUCGAAUACUACCAUGAGUGCUCCUCCAGCGCAAAGCGCGACGCAGGACUGAGUACGGCGACGCGGAUGGUUUCGCAGGCCACACGUCGAUACCGGCCACCAACAGUGACUUCUCCCCUCCACUGGCAGUAA